AUGCGCGCCACGGCCUUUGCUUUGCUGACUGCCCUCAGUGCAUCGCUUGUCCAUGCUCAGGGAUAUAGUAAAGAGUGUUCUAAUAUCUAUCUCAAUGAAGGUUGGCUAGUUGCAACCUGCCCCACGGAUGGCGACAAUGGCAGCAUCACUAGCAGCGUCUAUCUGCCGAACAAGAUUGCCAACAUUAAUGCUGUGCUCGAGUGGACCGUCGAGUACCGGAGCUUACUGGAGCUCCUGCAAGGACUGCUCGCUCACCAACAGCGGGUCAACACUGCAAUGCUUGUGCAAAGGUUCACCAUCUCCGUACAAAAACACAACAUUAAAUCUAGGCAAGGUCCUCAAACAUACGUUGAUAUAUCCACUAAUAGCCUUGCAGAGGAACAUAUCGCCAACUAUGAAGGGCACCUCCUUUCCAACCUCACCGGGGCCGUCACUACUGUCCCAGCGGAUUCCUCGCACCCAGUGCCCUCGGACUUUGAGAUGGAGCUUGAGCUGUCAACAUUGAAUAAUUCAUGCGCCAAAUAUGGAGGAACCAUCACAUUGAACCGCCCAACAAGCUGCUACUAUCUCAACAUCGGAGUAGAGUACUCCUGGGCAUGCGGCAACUCGGUGAACAACCACGGCUGGGAGAUUGUAGGGUACUCCGAUAAAGAUUGCAAAAGUGCCCCGGUUGCGACCUUUACACAGGAAAACCAGGGCACCUGCUUGACAUUUUCGACAGGUGUCAAAGGCUUCUCGAUGACUCCACUGUGGAAUGCGGACUAG